AAAAUACAAAUUCAAUAUUUAAUAUUAAACAAGAUAAAGAAAAUCAACCAAAUGUAACAGUUAAUAUUGAAAGUAUUGAGGAGUUAGAAAAUUAUGAAAAUAGUGAUGAUAAUAACUCAGAUGAUUUAUAUGAAAACUAUGAGCUAUAUCUUACUAAAGCGCUUGAAAUUGUACGAGAACAAAAGACAAAGCAAAAUUAUAAAUGGUCAAAAUCUGUAAAAAGCAGUUUUGCAGGAUUACAAAAAAUAGUAACAGAUAUUGAAAUAUAUAAGAGAAGAACAACAAAUCCUCGAACAUGGAAAGAUCAUAAUC